AUGCUGUCGGAAUCAGAACUAUCCGACUUCGAGGAGCAACAAUAUCGCGAAAUCUUUGAAUUGUUUGAUCGCAACGGUAGCGGGUCCAUAUCGGCAGACGAAUUGGGGGAUCUGAUGCGUGUGCUGGGACAAAAUCCAACGUUGGCCGAGCUGGAGCAAAUGAUCUACGAAGUGGACGCCGACGGCAACGGGCGCAUCGAGUGGGAGGAGUUUUUGGCACUAAUGAAGCGAAAAUCGCGGGAACCCGUCAACGAGAAGGAGCUCUACGAAGCAUUCAAGGUGUUCGAUAAGAAUGGCGACGGAUUCCUGUCGGUGGACGAGCUUUCGGAUGUGAUGCAAAAUUUUGGUGAACGACUAACUCCGCAAGAGCUACAGGAUCUCCUGGCUGAGGCAGACAUCGACGGGGAUGGACUAAUUAACUACGAAGAGUUUGCUUUCAUGCUAUCGAAAUAG